AUGAAUAUCCUAGUGGUAUUCUACACUCUGUUCCUGUCUAUAGUUUGUAGCUCAACGGAUUCUCGAGAUGGUGGAAGUAACGGAUCGACCGGGUCUUUAGUAUCCAAAAUCGACGGUUCACUGUUUAACACUAAGGAGUGUAGCUACAGCGGAGUUCCACUCUUGGCCUGUAACGCGAAACCUGGUGUUUUAGCUAAAGAAUUCAAGUAUGGAGGUGAGACCAUAUGGAAGAACUCCAGAGGUUCAUGCCUAUCGGCUUUAAUUUACUUUAAAGGGGAUAAGCCGGAAGUAGUAACGCUACAGUAUAGAGAGAAUGGCAGGGAUCGCACUCUCUUCCUCCAUUAUAAUGGUAAAAAGUGGGAACAUAAAAAGGAAGAACACGAAAGGAAGCUUAGGGAGCUGAAAGAAGCUCCUUCUCCAGUCGCCAAGUCAGCAGGAAGAGUGGAUGCCACUCUGGAUAUCUUGAAGCCAGACAGAGGAUCAGUACAUGUUGGUGGCGACGACAAGGACGGAGUAGCUAAAAGGGUCUUUACUCCAAAGGAUGGCUUUGCUCUGACCAAGGUUCUCAUCAGGGGAGCUCCCAUCUGGAAGGCUAAAGCUGGUCAGAAGUGUACCCUUGUAGAAGCUUACAGCAAGGGAGACUCCAUACUGGUCUACUUAAAGGUUGAUACUGGCACUGGAUUAGAUUUAAAAUACCUUGAGAGAGUAAAUGGUAAAUGGAAGGACGUCACUACUACAGACUUUUACCGGAAAAUUGGAGCAAUGAGAAUGAAGAAAGAGGAAUCUCCAGAGGAAGAGAGAGAAAGGCACCUGAAACGUGCCGAGAAGGAACGAGAAGCAAGUAGAAAGGCCUUGUCUGCCCAAUUGGCUAGAAAGAAUGUUCCAAUCCUCAACCUUGAAAGUCCUAACGAGUCCAGGGUGAGUGUAGAGACAAGGGAAGAUAAGGGACUUGAGAAGAAGGAAUAUUAUAUAAAGCGUGGUUCUAUUACUUCUAUCGUUGAAGGCGAGGCUACUCUAUGGAAGGCUUCUGGAAAGGAAAAGUUUGUAUUUGCGAGACUAUUUUCCAGAGAAGAGUAUUCUCUCGCCCUCCUUUGCGUUCAUACGGGUGUCAAGGAUGAAUUUAAGCAUUUUGAAAAGGUGGGAGGAGAGUGGAUAUCCAUAGAGAAGGAGGAUUAUGACAAGAAGCUAAAAGAUCUCAGGAGUGGUGUGACUACUAAACCUGCUCAGGAUAAGUUUACGGGAGCUCUUCAGUCACUCCCUCCCAGUGAUGAAUAUCCAGAAGCCCAGCCAGACAAGCAAGAGAUUUUUAAUUGUAGAGAAACUUCCAAUUAUAAUAAAUCUGCCGUUAUAACAAGAUACGGUGGACCAAACAGCUUCCAAGAGCUAGAAGAGUUUGACGAAUAUGGCGACGGUAAUUCUGAAAGCGAUCUGCUGUGGAAUGAGAUUGUGCAUGCGCUCAAUGGAGGCAAUGUUGAAAUUGAAUCCCCAAUUGGUGGCAGGAGGAGAAUGAAGCGUUUUGAAGGGGACACUCCUUACACUGGUCUGGAUGAGAUUAUCAACUGGUCCUAUUUGGAAAAUGUUCCCAUGAACAAGAGUAAGGAGAGAGGGAGUUGUCACGUAUCUGAUCCUUCUCACUUGAAUACUUGCAAGAAUGUGAGCGGUAUGGAAAAGGUUACAACGUCUCUCUUCUUUCCAACAUUUCAGAGUGACACAGUUAUUAAUGUCUCAAAGUAUAAUCCAACCUUCUACAAUCUUUACGACUAUCAUUUUGACGAUAUAAUCACGAGACUUAUUGUUCCUUUGAAUGGGACAGAGAUAACAAACCUGAGUUACAGUGGACAUUUCAUAUGGAAUUCACGGGAAGGGGAGAGUUUGGUGUAUGCCACGAUCCAUCUGAGGGAGACUGUACCAGUCCUGGUCUACAUUUUAAAAAACAGUCCCUCUGUGAAUAAAACCGAGACGAUGUUGAGAACAAAUCAUGGAUGGAGACUCAUAGGAAACUACCCUGGUGCCUUCAAGAGCAUCCCUAGACCUGAUGUAGUUAAAUUCCACUGUACUAUAGACCUCACUUGCCCCGACCAUGGAAGAAUCAAGGUCUUUGACACCGUCAUUGGUGGACUUAAAACCCAAUUCUUUGUUCCUCGACCGGGAUUUUCUGCCGAUAAAAUCUCUCACAAAGGCGCCAUCCUUUGGAGAUCUCCAGAGUCUGAAAAUUCAGGGAAAGAAUCCCAGUGGAGAGCCGUUCUCGUGAGGGUUUACCUGAGGGGCAAUUCCUGCUUCCUUGUAAAGGCUACAUUAAAGUCAAAAGGAGGUUCAUUUAGUUCCGUCAACUACGUUCACUUGAAUGAAAAGUGGUUUGAAUUGGAUGAACAUGAAUCCGAGAAGGCGAAAUGGGCACUAAAGUCUUAUGGAGGUCUGCAGGAGUGA